ACACACACAACAACAAUGUGACAGUAUGUUAACUGAACUGUGAAGCUCACGCUGCCUUGUGUGAAGGCCGUGCAGGAGAGGAAUCAUUAAAAACGGUCCGUGGCUCUUUAAGUGGCGUUUCUGCUUCUCUCCCGGGUACUAUUCUUCAUGCAUCACUUGCUUCGAGCUCUCUCGCUCUCCCCCAUCUUCAUUCGUUCUCUCCCUCCCGGUACUGGAUAGAACAGAGACGCGGACUCCUACAUUCAGAACCACGGACAGCUCUCCAGGCGCAUGCGGCAGAAUCUGGCGCCGCCGGUUAGGGGUGUGGCAGGAGCGUCAAAUUUGCACUUUGCUGCUUAAAGGUGAAAACAUUCUCAUGACUUUUUUUUUUGUAUGAAACGUUGUUGUAGUUAGAAGUGGUGGUUAGAAAAACACACGCGCGCGCACACACCAUCAUACAAGUUGUCUGUUUUCUGUCCAGCUGUGUAUUCGGUCUCUUCCUCGUUGACACGAGCCUCCCACUCUUGGCUUUUAUAGUCUUGCAAACGGUGGGCGGGAUGAUGAGCAUAGCUCGUACGUGAUUGGUUAUUCAAGGACCAUUUCCCCCAGUUGACCAAUCAGAAUCGAAUGGCGUAGCCCCAGGCGGACUUUGAGGAGACGCGCGGUUAGUUUUGGUUUGUGUUGGUUGGACCGACGGGAGGAGGAGGAGGACGACGAGGAAGAGUAGGAGGAGGAGGAAGGCUGUCACUGUUAUUUUUCGCCACUCCAUUUGUGCCAACAGACACGUUUAUUGUCAGAAGCGAGAAUCUGCCCGUCGUGAAGACGUCCCCAUUUUGCUGCCUCUUUGAUGAAAAAAACAGCCGCUGUAUCCAGCUCGAGAGUGGACGAAUCUCGACCUUGGAUUUCGAGGGAGAAGAUGUCAGUGUGGCAACAGCUGGAAAGGGAAAUACGACAAAUGUCGGUCCACUCUCACAGUAGCUGACGUGUAGGCUUUGUUUGUUAGAAAAAGGGGCGAAAACCACCUAUCUCGCCUCGUAAUUUGGAGCUCCAUGACGUGUUCUACAUGCAAAGCGGUGAGUCUCGUUUAGGGAAAACAACACCAAAAAAAAAAAACUAUAGGCAGUGGUGAAGAUGCUGACUGUGCCGGCUGCUAGCUGAGUUGCUAACUCCAGGAAAUAAUUGACUGAAGUAGGCAGACGAUGUGGCGUUUUUUGGACUGAGUGAGGACAGUGUGGGCUAGUCGAGGACAACCGGUGGUCGUCAAAGCUCCGGUGUGCGCGCGUGUGUGUACGUGAGCUCGUGUUGGUGGUGGUGUUUCGAUGCGCCACCAUCCGCACCCUUUGCCAUCAGCCACACGGGACAGAAAACCUCGUCGACAUGUCAUCCCAGAAGCCCGUUUGUUAAAUUUACUCUUUCCCCAAAUCUCGCGUGGAAAUAGCUGGAGGGGGGGGGGGAAGCCCAUAAGAGAGGAGGUGAACAAAGAUUAAGCCCAAACAGGAGUCGCCUAUAUGAAGAUGCUGAUGUGUGACCGCGGCGUCCAGAUGCUCGUGACGACGGUGGGCGCGUUCGCCGCCUUCAGCCUCAUGACCAUCGCAGUGGGGACAGACUACUGGUUGUACUCGCGAGGGGUCUGCCGCGUGAAAAGCAGCGGCGACAACGACACGAGCCGCAAGAACGAGGAGGUAAUGACGCACUCCGGCCUCUGGCGGACCUGCUGUCUGGAAGGAACCUUCCGAGGUGUGUGCAAGAAGAUCGAUCACUUCCCCGAGGAUGCUGACUACGAGGCCGACGCCGCCGAAUACCUCCUGCGUGCAGUGCGUGCCUCCAGUAUCUUCCCCAUCAUGAGUGUGGGGCUGCUGUUCUUGGGAGGACUCUGUGUAGCCGCCAGUGAGUUUUACCGCAGCCGACACAACGUCAUCCUCAGCGCAGGAAUCUUCUUUGUCUCCGCAGGCCUCAGUAACAUCAUUGGAAUUAUUGUCUAUAUUUCGGCCAACUCAGGCGAUCCGGGCCAAAGUGACAGCAAGAAGUCCUACUCCUACGGCUGGUCGUUCUACUUUGGCGCUCUCUCCUUCAUCAUGGCAGAAAUGGUGGGAGUGCUGGCGGUGCACAUGUUCAUCGAGAAGCACCGCAAGCAGCGGGCCAAGUCCCGCACCGAGCUCAUCAAGAAGUCCGCCUUUAGCCGCAUCCCCUCCUAUCGUUACCGCUUCCGGCGCCGCUCCAGCGUCCGCUCGUCGGAGGUUCCGAGCCGCGACGCCUCGCCGCUGGGUAAAGUGGGUUACACGGGGCCCGGCGCCUCCGAGAUGCCCAUGUACACGCUGAACCCACGCGAGGCGGGCAACGCCGCCAGCAAAUCCGGCUUAGGUGGGCUGCUCAACUCGGAGAGGGAGUUCCUCCAGAGUAGCACGCUCACUAAAGACUACGCCAAGGACCCCAACCGCAGGACCACGCCUGUCUGAGAGGCGUUGCCUGCAGAUAUCAACCGAUCAUAGUAGCAAAGAGGAGGAGGCUGAGAGAGGGAGUGCUCGCUGAAGCAGGCACGGGGAAGCGCGGGGUUAAAGGGGAGCGUCUCAAAUACCUUGACUGUGAACUGUGAACUUUUUAGCCUUUGAACUGUGAAUCCUGAGCCCAGUGAGCAUUUCAGUGUGUGUAGCACGAGCCGUUUGGAUAGAGAACUCGUUCCCAUCUCCGCUCCUUAACCUCAUGUUUCUAUAAUUGGCACAUUCAUUUCUGAUCGGCUUGUACUCAUUUUUUUUUUUUCUUUUUAAUUCAUGGGAUCGCCCCGUCUCGCGUGGUUUGCUCUUUUGGCAGAUUCUCCUAAAAGGUGUAAUGAAACCUAAAUGUGAAGAAAGGGCGCAGGGUAGGACCUCGGUCCGUCUUUGGUAGCAGAUGAAGUGCAGCAUUCGUUCUCAGUUGGACUGACUGAACGAUAUAAAUGAAGGAUGCAUUUGUCCGCGUGUAUGUAUAUAUUCUAUAUGCUUCUUUUUUAUUGCUUUAAUCACGGGCUGGCUUCUGUCGUGACAGAAAGACUGGACUGAAGGUGAUUUGAGUUCAUUCCUGUCGAGAUUUGAGCUCUUUUUAGAGUUGAUCUCUGGUCACUUGUUUGCUUGUUGUCAGCACUUCCGGAUGGUCAUUUUUGGAUCAUUGGUGCUUCCUUUUGACUCUUUUCUUCUCUAUUUAUUUCUUCAGCGACCGCGUGACGAUCCGCGCCGCUCGCCUCACCUCUUCACUCCCACCACUUUUUUCGCCCUCUCUUCCCCACACUCGUCUUCCGUCUGUGUCACCGGUAGACGAGCCGCAUUGAGGAAACCCGCGGAACAGAGGAGACCACUUAGCUGUGAAUAUGGUUCGAGACAGAGCCAUGAAGACAUUAAACAAGAGACGCAAACGCUCGCCCGCUACCUCCCGCUGAAUAUCGUUCGACAAUUGUGUCUAAAGUCUCUCUUGUGCAAGGGGGGGCAGGGGGAGGGUAACAAUUGGCUUUGUAGCACGCGAUGUAAAGCAGACUGGAGGGGGAGUGCCAUGCAUUAUUCAGAGGCUUUGGCCGCCCUCCAUUGAGGUGUCAGUCACAGCCGCCGCGCCUUCUCUCCUCAUCUCCCAUCCGUGUGCAUCGACUGCAUGCACAUACACAAACGCGCGUCUUCUAUCUGUGACCUCCACAAACGCAGAACAGGUCACACCAAUACAUCUCCGUACGUCUCCCUGCUCGCAUGCACUUCCAUAUAGUGCGGGUUGCUGUCACGAAUAAUAGAGAGUCACCUUCGAGUCUGCGUUAACAUUUGGGCGUCGGCUAAGCGUUUCAGUUUAUCAGCAGACGCGUGAGCCAAGCAUGAUUUGAUGGGCUGUAUUGCGGGGGGGGGAAACUCUGUGGAUGCGAAUGCUGAAGGAGAAUGCGGCCAUUUAUGUAUUUUGGUACAUCUGAAGACGUUCAGAAGAAGAGACAGCGAUGGUCAGCAAAUUCGACAAACAGACAAAGCAAAGUAAAAUAACUCAAAUAUUGAAACGCGUUAAUCCGCGGUAUUUUCCCAUCCACUUGUGUGGGGUAGACCGUAACGAAUCUCCAGUCCAUGAUGGCCUGCUGUGUUGUGGUUGUUAAAGGCUUCAACUGUAUGUAGAGCUAGUCCAGAGAAAGACGCAAAUAUAUUUUGAAGCGCUACCACAUAUCGCCUGACUCCGGGAGAAUUUUUUUUUUUUAUCCAAUCACCAGGCAACAACUGAACGAGAGAGGAGUGAAUGAGCAAGCACAGUUGCAGAAUCAGAAGUGUAAAAAUAGAUCCAAGAUUUAUCCGUCUUUGCCUUUUACGCAGAACCCAGCAAAGUGGGAAAUUGCCGCAACUGGAUGUGCUUUCACGCAGUGUCACAGCAUCCGACAAUUCGCUAGUGAUCAAAAUAAAAGAAGCGGAAAAAUGUGAAACGUCGCAUUCCCUUUCACACAGGAGCUUUGACAUAUGGCGUUAUUUCUUUUUUUUGCUUCCGAGUCACUAUGGCACUGCUUGGCCAGAAAUAACAUAAAACGACAACAAGCAGAUUUGCCUCAUGACCACCUGGACAGCCAUUACCUUGAUAAGAAAAUAUGCGGCCACAUUCCCCACCAAGAGAGCGUUGGUAUGUCCUUGCGCUGGCCGUCCCUCACGUGUAAAUAUUCAUUUUACAACAUCAGCAGUUGUCAUGGGCUGUGAAAGGGAAAAUGUGCUUUUCUCUUUCAGCAAGGGCUUUUAAUUUUUAAAGAAACGGAGCACACAAGGGCUUUCUAUGCUCGACGUUGCACCGACAUUGUUCAAAGGGUGUUAAGUGGAUGGGAUAGAUGCGUGAACGCGGGACGACAAGGAAAAGUACAUUUGCACGGGAACAAGCGUUUAUAAACCAGCUCGAAUAGCUAACAAGCGACAACGGUGUCGGAGCAGCGUUCCAGAAAAAAAAAAAAGUGUUCUCACUGGGCCACGUUCGCUUCAACUGAGCCUUGACGAGAUGUUUUUCUCGAGUUGUAGAGUUAAGACGACUUUUCCAAGUAGUUAGAAUCAAGAGGAUCAAACCUUACGCACACGUAGGCUAGCGUCGUACGUUGAUGAAAAUGUUGUUAAUCAUACCUGGUGCCAAAUACGACUGAAAAUAUUUCCUCCAGUCGGCCGCUUUGAGUUGUCAUUUGGACUUUGGGGUGGGAGCAGUGUAGCGUGUCAUGAGGGCCCCCCUCACAUCCACAUGGGGGCCCGUCAGGGGUCAUUCAUGAGCCAUGCCAAAAGUGACGCCUCAAGUCAUGCGCAUGCCACAUAUCCGUCGGCUUUUCCGGCGCUUCCUUUGCUUUACGAUACAUCUCAAAAUUGCACCCUGAACGUCAGACUGCUCCUGGUCAGAGAGUUUACUGGGUGCUUUUGACGCCGGCCAUCUUCCUUGUACCUUCACACAGCUUGGACUGGAUAUAAACAAAUAAGUGUGUUAUUUAGUAAUGCUAUAUAUUCUAUUCUAAAGGUGCCACUGUGCAGAGGACGCCAACCUCUGUCACGUAUUUAUUAAUCUAUUGAUGGUCGGGGCACUGGGUGUGACUGCAGGGCCCAGAUUUGGGGCAUCUGGGGUGGUCGUCUGUGUAUAUUAAUCUCGUUGAAUUUUCUCCUUUAAUGUGGAUUGUGGAGUGGCUGAAUGGUUCACGUGUGCAGCCUGUGAUAGAGGCGAAUAGAUUUCAGAGUGGGUCAGUUAGUCAGCCGGACGAUCAACACACCGCACGAUGAACGACAACACUUGAACGACAACACUUGAACGGGUGACUAUACUUGCGAGGACUUACCGAUCAUUCCCGUUCACCAUAAAAGCUUCUUGGAAACAGAUAAUGUGAUAAAUGCCAAUACAAAAGUUUGUAAAGAUAUGCCACAUAAUGACCAAAAAUACCGUAUUUGCUCACUUAGUGGCUGCGGGUGUUUAAUUUCUCAUGACCUGCAGAGAAUACGAUAGUGUCCAUUCGUGGAUAGAUGGACUAUGCUAAUUCGAGUAGCAUAACAAUAUGACAUAAGCACUUUAAGCUCUGCCGUAAACGUCAAUUUUACAGAUGCCCUGUCUUUGUUCAUGUAUUGUCUUCAUAUCGUUACAAUUACCUACUCGCAUUGGCUGAUAGAGAAAAAUGACAUUGGCCUUUGGCUUUUAUUUCUUCCAAGUGGAUGAUGCAUCAGUGAGUGGGCAUUUUUUGAAGAAAUAUGGUAUGACCAUACCUUGUUUUUUUUUUUCUUAGAUGCGUCAGUCACAAAUGUUUACACUUCACAUCCAACAUAACGUGGUUUUCCUCCAUUGUCCUCGUAAGUAUAGCAAGGAAAUUAAGGACAGUGGACAAUACACAACUAACACUGGUCAUUGGCCAUGAAGCAACAGCACUCAAAUGGUGAUGGGACGAGAAAAAAAAAGUCUUUGUGAAGUGUUUUUUAAAUUUUUUUCGGGGAGGGGGACAAACAAUGUUUAAAACCCAGAUUGAGUCAGUGAAUCAAACGCGGUGGAGGAUUUUGUUCUGAGAUGGCGACAAACGAACUCUACACUUUGCUAUUACAAACACACACUCAAAUACUUGUGAGGAGGACUUAUGUGCCUGCAUGGUUGUGUGUGUGUGUGUGUGCGUGAGAGUUCAUAUCAACAAGUGUGUACGUAUGUGUCCAGCUCGCCUCUCCUCGCUUGUACACGGAGUGCCUGACUUGUCCUGCCUUCAGAGUAGCUCCCACAUCAGCCGAGGGGCUUUCCAGUGUUGACGUCCGACAGCGAAUUACACCGAUAGGCAAUUCUGACCUAUUUCGUAUGUUGUUGACUGUCUGAAUGUUGUUUUUAAUGUACUCUUCACAUGUAUCCUGUCAUUGAGGUUUGAUUCGGGACUGGCAGAGGGGUGGGAAUCGGGUUGGAAAACAAUUUGUGGUUACCCUAAUGAUCGCUGCUCUUGAAUCGACGCUCCUGGUUGUAGACUGUUGUUGCUUAUUCUUUACCUUGCCCAAGUUUUUUCGUGUGUGUGUGUGUGUGUGUGUGUGUGUGUGUGUGUGUGUGUGGCUCAGAAGAUAGUGAAGCCAUCUGCUGGUUUGCUCCUCAUCCAGACUCUGAAGCUCUGAUUUCUCCUCGUGACCACAAUUACGGUUGUAUAAAAGCAUUUUCAACACUUGGACUUCCAGUUGAGUUGAAACUUCCGUUGUUAAGGGUAAAAUAUGUACACAGGCAAUUUCCCUCCAAAAAAAAAAAAUCAUCGUGAAGCCAUUGAUUUUCUAAACGAUUGCUUUUUUUUGUUGCCUUUGUGGUGCUUUAGCUUUCAUUUUAUGUGUAUUUUGACAUGGAGCCGUUAUGUGUUUGUUUUUUUAAUGGUUUUGCCUCAAAAACUGUGCUCACUGUUGUUUACACGCAGAACAUUUCCGUGGCUCUUUACGCUUGACCGACCAAGGACGAUAGACUGCAAAUUACAGGGUGUGUUACCAAGCGUCGACCAUCAGGUGCGUUCAAGUGGCAUCGUGGAAAAAUUGUUGACACUGUGGUUUGCUUACAUGUUGACGGAUCCUCAACCAAGGUGUUUGUGUGAAAUAAUAGCCUGCCAAGAAUCCAAUCUGACUUCUUCAAAAUAUUUUUGACCAAUUCUUUCAGACUGUUAUCUAACAAAGCCAUCCCUUCAAAAGGCAACAUUGACGAUAAUUUAACACAGAUUGCAAUGAGAGGCAGUGUAACCAAUAAAACUAUGGACGGGGGGGAAAAAAUAUAUAUGCUUCAAAAUGACCCCCCCCAAAAAAAAAAAAACAUCCAAGUGUGCAGAUGGAGUUGACAGUGAAGCUGAUGCAACGUGUGCUGUGAUCAAAUUGAAAUUAUGUUGGGGGUGGGACAGACUCUGACCCUGCUGUAUACCUCUGAGCCCUAUCAUGAGCUAAACACACACACACACACUCGCAUGUGCGCGCUUGCGGACACACACACACACACACACACACACACACACACACACAAAUCUAUUCCCACCAGAAUUCAGUAAGAUUUUGUAAAAAAAAAAAAAAAAUGCAGUCUUACCAAUAUUUGGUUUGUAUUGAAAAAUAUUUUUUCCUAAUGAAUUAUAUAAUAUUUAUGCUUUAACGAUUAUUGCUAAAUAAUUGUAGUAAUACUGGCAAAAAAUGGCAAUCAUAUUGUCAAAACAUCUGUCCAGUUAAAACGUAAUAAAGCAUUUUUUGUUCAAUUUCUUACGACGUUCUGUCGUGGACGGGUUGCUCAGACACACAGUUGAAUCUCUGUACACCUUAUAAACGUAAACCUCCAACUAGCAGCCGUCUGACACGGACAAAUGCUGUGAAUAAAAAGCACACUUUUACUUACAUUACAUAGAUAUGAUUACCUAUAUCUAGAGAGAAAGAGUAUUAUAUACAGUAUGAUGAAAUAGAAAAUAAAGAGACACCUUUUCAAUGCG